CAAAGUGGCGAUACGAAAACACAGGAACCAGAAGAGAUUGAGGAUAAGUCCCCCUCAGUAGCUGGACCACUUUUGAUGGACAUUGGAACGAAUCUAGACGCUAGUCCUAACGAGAGUGACGAUGACGAUGACGAGUACAAAAAGGCCUUCGCAAGUAGAAAGCAACUGCUACACAAUGAAGCAAGCCGGCAGCGUACCCGCAAAGAACUUGAGGCGUAUGUGGGCUCACUCAGCUCUCUGACGGACGAAGAAGGCGAACACCUGGUCGAAUUCCCGAAGAAUUAUCAACAGGUUGUGUCGCUCAUGACUCAAAAAGAUGUCAACGAGGAAGAUACCUCAGCUCACGGGGGUAAACACUCACGUCAGAGCUGGUCACGCGUCCUCAUUGAGUCGGGCUUGUCCAAGCAGCAAGCGUUCGGAAUCAUUGAAGACGUAGACGACGACCCAGAAGGGACCGGCACUUUGGCAGCCAAGAUUGCGCUUAAGAUGGCUCGCAUUCGUCAGCUCGACACCAUUUUGGAGGAGAAACUCGGGAAGAAUCUGUACGCAAAAAUUGUGCCAAUGAAGCAAAACAAGGCGAAAUCUGCCGUGCAACACAGAGAAAUCGCAGACAGCUCGGCAAGUCGAACGUUUGUGACACAGACCACCGAAAGUGAGCCCAGCGUUGUGUCAAACGGAGCUGAGACUAGUUGUAGCAACAGACGCAACGAUGAAGCAGUAACUGGGGCAAGGAAGGGCAACAAUUUCAUUGAGCGUAACAAGCAGGUGGUGGCCAACGGUAUGAAAGCGAACAUGACGAAAGAAGAAGAGGAACGAGUGGACAAGCUGCUACAGGACGAGAUGCUGGACUCUCCUGCUAGUGAAGAAAACGCCAGACCAGAAGUUACGACACCUCCUCAGCCAUGCAACGAGUUCACAAUGACUUAUGGCGAAAAGAAAGCAAUUGAGGAGCUCAUCGCGACUAAAAGCAGGGCGUACCCACUAACUGGGAUCGAUGAGCUACAAGAGGAGCCAACAGAUGAAGCUUUACGGUCCGCUGGAGGCAGUAGUCGCCCUGUUCGAGACAACCUCAUCCAAGAGUCGAAACGAGAGCGACUACAGAGACAGCGACUCAGUCGUGUCGAGCAGGAGCUUCGUUUCCUUCAGGAAUGUCCGUCGGUGGUUAUCGUGGGAGACGAGCGCGACGAAGACGAACACGACGAAUGCCGCAGUGAAGUUUCCUUCGCUACAGUCGCGUCGUCCACGUGUUCUACUCGCUCCGGCGUCAUUUCACGCCACGAUUUCAAGUGUUUCCUAGCCCAACAAAAAGAAAAAUUCCGCUCCAGCCCCAUCGCCAGUGCUGACGAGAUCCGACAGCUUCUUCAAUCCAUCAACAGCGAAACUUCGUCAUCUUCCGAAUUUGUGGCUGCACCAUCCGUCUAA